AUGUCCCCCCUCGAGAGCACAGGAGAAGAAAAGAUGAAAGUAGAGAGUAACAAGAUCGGAAAAAGACAGGGCCUCCCAAGCCCCUCAACCCGGCGGCCCACAAGUACUGAGACUAAGGGAAGAGUCAUAAAGGGAAGAAAAACCCUCCUGAAGGGGGAGAUCUAUCACAGGACUAUCUAG